AUGUGUCAGAACGGAGGAAUUUUUCGCAAGUGCGAGCAAUAUUCCCGAUGUAAAGAAUUUGUCUAUACGGAACAUCCAUCUAUCUAUCUAUCUAUCUAUCUAUCUAUCUAUCUAUCUAUCUAUCUCUCUCUCUCUCUCUCUCUAUAUAUAUAUAUAUAUAUAUAUAUAUAUAAUUAUGAAAGCUAUACUGAACAUCAGUUGAUUUCUUUUGCUUUCUUUUGCUUUUCUUUUCUCUUCUUUUUCUUUUUAUUGAUUUCUUUUUUCUUUCUUUUUAUUAUUAUUAUUUUUGCCUUUUAUGGAAAAUUUUUUAAUAUCUAUCUAUCUAUCUAUCUAUCUAUCUAUCAUCUAUCUAUCAGUUUUUUUCAUAUCUAUCUAUCGAUCUAUCUAUCUCAUUCUUUUCAUAUCUAUGUUUUCCCUUUCUCCAUCUGUCUCCAACAGUCUAUUCAUUUAUCUAUUCACCUCUCUCUCUUUCUCUCUUUCUCUUUCUCUCCUUUUUUUUUAACCUCAGUCUACCUCUUCUCCUAUCUCUCCCCUCUCUCUAUCUACAUAUUUCUGGAUGUGUAUAUCUUUCUCUCAAUAUAUAUAUCUAUCUCAUUCUGUUCGUUAUCUAUCUACCUAUCUCUCUUUCUAUCUCUAUCUAAUGUGUGCCAUUUUAUCUAUCUAUCUAUCUAUCUAUCUAUCUAUGCCAUUUUGAUUUCAUCACUCUAUCCAAUUAUUUCAGGCUGUUUAUUUAUUUAUAUCUAUCUAUCUAUCUAUCUAUCUAUCUAUCUAUCUAUCUAUCUGUCGUUUAUCUAUCCGGCAAUCAGAUGA